UGUCCUCUUUGCAAUCAGCAGUCGCCAGCUGCAGCUGAGGGCUCUUCAUCUUUAACCUGCUGCAGACACCCGGAGAGACACACGCACCCGUUCACCUGCUGAUAACCGAGCGAAGAUGUUCUGCAGACGGGCAUGGCAGAGGGUCGGGCCGCUGGCACGGUGGGCUUUCAAGCCGACAUCCAGAAACGCAGCUCCAGUGCGACACAUGGCCUUCGGGGUUCCUGGUGGCUCCUCCAACAUGGCAUACUUUGUUCUGUGCGGUGGAGGCCUCACUGCUGCCGUCGUCUAUGCCUACAAGACGGUCAAUGGUGAUAGUGAGCGCUAUGAGGACAGACUCGCCAGCAUGGGCUCCACAGCAAAGGCACCAGAAGCAGCGGUACCGGAACCAGCGGUACCGGAACCGGCAGCACCAGAAGCGGCAGCACCGGAAGUGGAAGCUCUCACAGCUGAAGCAGAAGCGCCAGAAGCAGCAGCUCCCGCAGCUGAACUCGCCCCAGUGGAGGAGGCAGCACCGGCAAUGGAGGUCGUUGCCGAGUCUGCCCCUGCAGAACCAGUAGCGGAGACCGCUGCCGAACCUGUCGUCGAGGCCGCCUCUGAAGAAGCCGCCGCUGUCGCCUCAGAGGUUGUCGUUGCCGAGGCUGCAGCUGAGCCAGCAGUCGCAGAAGAAGCUGAGCCAGCAGUCGCAGAAGAAGCUGCUCCACCUGCAGCGGUUGAGGCGGUUCCAGAAGCUGUGGAAGUCGCUGUGGAAGUCGCUGCCACAGAGGAGACGCCAGCAGAGGCCCCUGUAGCAGAGAGUGCUGGUACGGCAGCAGUAGAUGAAGUCCUUCCUGAGGCAGAGACUGGCUCUGCAGCCCCUGAGGCUGAGGCUGCCCCUGAGGCUGAGGUGGCUGCAUAAAGCUGUGAUGCCUCAUAGUUUGCCCAGAAAGGAGGGCUGGGAAUUAAUUGUGCUGUGUCCCACCUCUCUGGGCCUAGGAAAAAAGGACUCAUGAACCCCUGUUUUAAUAAAGGGAGCGGGGAACAGCAUUUAGGUUUCACUUCUGGUUGGUUAAUGAAUACCAGUUAGGGGUUCAUCAGUCCAGUUUUCAGGUGCCUUCCUUUCCUUAGCUCACCUCACCCCAACCUUCAGACCCAAACCAGAACAUUUGGCAUUAGGCUGUCUGUUUAGAUUCAGUUCAGAAAAUUCAGUUUCUUUAGGAAUUCUUGUAGCCAGAGCAAAUCCAAAUGAUGGUUUGGCUGCUGUACAGUUAAUAGAGGAGUGUUAAACUAGGUGAUACAAGUCAUGGAGCAGAGUUUGGGACUAAUGUUUUCUGUAAAAUGUUUAAAAAGUGCCCUUAUAGCAGGACAGCCCUGCAUUUUCUCCCUUAGGUAAAAAUAUCAGCAUGGUGAAUGAAUACAGCCCAUUUGAUUGUGGAAGUUGUUCAGUCUUGUCUCUUUCAAUGUCAUUGGCACUUGGUCUUCCUCUGCUCAGCAAACGCUUACUUCCAGCUAUUGCCAUGAAUCUUAUUUUAGGAUUAUUAGCAAACAGUAGAAAGAUGGAACAUGAGGUCUGUGUGCUUCGUUAGUUUUAACGAAGCCACGUUUAAUAAUGUGAAGUGUGACCAAAAACCAGUUAGCUCCUCUUUUCCUGGCUGCAGGAGUUUUUGUGAUUGUAACGUCCUUUUUGCGCAUCUCCUCUCAGAGCGAGACAAAGUUGAAAUUGCGCUUCUCUUCUUUCUUCUUUUCUACUCAUAACAACCCAUAUUCUUUUUUUUCUUUUCUUGCACAUUCAGUUUUAUUUUCAUUAUUACAACCUCUCUACUUACAUCUACAGCAGCCUGCGCCCACUCCAGCCAUGUACAAGACUUUGUAGUGUUAAACUCACUUCUGCUCUGUCUUUACAUUUUAAAUGUGACAAUUCAUUCACCUCUGUCUCUGAGAAGUUGUCAUUAUGAUUAAUACAGUUAAGUGUUCAAAGAAUAAAACCUCACUGGAUCGA